CUCUUCUCUAUUCACUCUCCACCAUCCUCUCCGUAGUUGUCUCUCCCCCUACAGUUCUUUCUUUUGCUGUGGCCUUUUGGGACCCUGAGGCUAUUAUUAUAGCUUCACCCAGCAGCAAACCUCCAUCACUCUCUUUCCUAUAUCAAGACGCCAGGGUUUCACUGAUGGCUGAUGAGUUCGACGACGCCGCGUUUUGGUUACCUCAGGAGAUUCUCACCUAUUCCGACGACGAAAUCAGUCCCAAGAUUGACUCCGGGAGCCGGAAGAUGAGUUCGUUUGGCUCUGACACUGACGCUACCUUCAAGACUGCUCUGUUUCCCUUCGAGUUUCCCCACUCCGGGUUUGGGGCUUUCGGUGUCUCCUCCGAUUUCAGCUCCCCGGUGGAGUCCAGCGAGACUGAGAGCGACGAGGAAGAGUAUCUCGCUGGGCUGACUCGCCAGCUGGCGCAGUCCACUCUCGACGACGAGUUUAAGCGCUACGACUCGGUUCUUGGCUCCAAGAACAACUCAAAGCCGUGGGUGUCGUCUGGUUCACCGCAAUCGACGCUGUGUGCGGCCGGGAAUGGUUGCGGCUGCGGCGGACAAGGCUCGAGCCGGGGAAGCCCGAACGCUCAGUCGCCGCCGGCCACUUGGGAUCUUCUACAUGCGGCUGCAGGGGAAGUGGCUAAGAUGCGCAUCCAGGAAGAAGCUUUGCGUUUCGACCAAAAAAGCAGAGGCAUCUUGGGUGCUCCAAGGGAGCUCUCUCCAGUCACUGUCCCUGAUUUCGGGUACUACCUCCAGCACCAACAGCAGUCACUUUCCCAGAAGCACUUGCAGUUUGAGCGGUUGAGACAGCAACAGAUUCUGAAGAACAACAUCUCGGCGGUGCUUGCUCAGUCUCAGGCGAACGGAAGAUUCCAGCACCAGCGGGCUCAGUCCCAUCCGAUGGUCCAGAACCGAGUCAGGAACACCAACAAUGGACCCCUGGGUCUUUCGCCGUCGGCUUGGCCUCCACUGCAACAAGCUCAGCGGCAACAGUUUCAGCCGAAUGGGCCUGGAUUCCAAGGUGCUCUCAUGGGAGCCAAAAAGGAGUCUACUGGUACUGGUGUGUUCUUACCCCGCCAAAUCGGAACCCCAUCUGAAUAUCCUCGCGGCAAGAAGCAACAACCCAAACAAGCUUGCCCAACGGUUUUCGUCCCAGCUAAAGUUGUCCAUGCAUUGAAGUUGAACGUUGAAGAAAUGCGCGUGCAGUCACAGCCUCAAGUCCAUAACUGUUUCAAUGGAAGAAACAAUCCUGACUAUGAACUUGCUCUUCGGCUUCGGAAUAACAGCAUCGCCAUAGCUCAGCCGAAUCGCAGCAUGAUGAGGCCACAGGCACCAGUGAACCAUGAGAUUAGGCUUCCCCAGGAGUGGACUUACUAGCUGCUGUGGGUUUGUUUGGUUUUUUUAGGGGGUUGUUUAGGGACAAAAGGAAAUUGAACAAGGUUUUAGGAAGAAUUAAAGGGAAAGGUAAUAGGGUUAAUAGUAUUAGGAGUGUAGGACAAAAGAAAAUAGGGUUUUUGAGAAAGACAGGACAGGGAAAACGAUGCUGGAACAAAGGAGGAGGAAGGAGGAGGAAAUGUUUAUGUUCUGGGUUUAGGGCUUUUAGGUUAAAAAUAAAAUGCCUAGUUUGGUGCUAAGCUGCAGCAGUAAGGCACAGCAGCCAAGCUUCUCUGUUCUCUUCUGGCUGGGCUCAAAGAGCGAAGAAGUGGUGGGUCCCUUCUGUGGUUUUUGUUUUUGGGAUUUUUGGUUGGGAUCUUUACAAAUAUCAGUUGGGAAUUUAAAUUCCGAAAUUCAAAUCGUGUAUUUCUGAUUCCCCAAGCUGUCCAUGCACCAUGUCCAGCAGCGUUAUUAUGAUAUAAUAAAAGGAUGUAUUUGCAAA